AUGGCGCGUAUAGAAGAGCUCCCAGAUGACUUCGACGAGAACAUCAAUCUCAACAAUGCGCCGCAAGCGCCUUCGAUUGAAGAGCUGUACAGCCAGCACAUCUCAGGGUCCGGACCCAAACCAAACCAGAUGUCCUCCAAAAGCUUUGAGGAAAUAGUGCAGGACAUGAGCAAGACACCACUUUUCAUGAACAGUCUCGACGAAGCAACUGAGGGGUGUGCAGAGGGAGAGAAUAUCAUGCUUGAAGCAAUCAAAGCCCUACAACACGAGGGUACCAAAGCGGAAGUUGCACAGGGUUUCAAAGAGCGUGGAAACGAAAUGGUAGCCGAAAAGAAAUGGAGCGACGCCAGAGAGUUCUACACCAAAGGGCUCGCAGUCCUAGCAGACAAAAGUGAGGACAAAUGGGACAAGCCUGAAGAUCAGACUGGCGAAGCAAAUCAGCGGACUCUGCUUACCGAGCAGCUUCACAUCAAUCGAGCGCGGUGCAAUUUGGAGCUGAAAAACUACCGAUCCACAACUUUGGACUGCGCAGCCGCACUACGCCUCAAUCCGUCCAAUAUCAAGGCAUACUAUCGGUCGGCGUCCGCGCUUCUCGCAUUGGACAAGGUGCUCGCUGCAUUAGAUGUGGCUUCACGAGGUAGCAAGCUCGACCCCGCGAACGUGGCGCUGAAGAAGCUGUUGGACCAGACCAGAGCAAGAGCGCAGGUGAAAGAAGCACAAGACCGCCGUCGCUUUGCAGAACUGAAGAGGAAACGACAAGAGAUGCAGGUGUUGGAGGCGGCUCUCAAAGCGCGAAAGAUCAUCGUCCGUGGCUCAAAACAGCCUCCAAACCUAGAAGAUGCCAGUAUUCGACUUUCUCCUGAUCCCUUGUCGCCGACCAGCUUGUUGGAAUUUCCAGUGAUGUUACUGUAUCCCAUGCAUAAUCAGACCGACUUGAUCAAAGCCUGGGCGGAGAAAGAUGCCAUAAUCCAUCAUCUCAGCUACAUUCUGCCUCUGCCAUGGGACACCAAGAACGAAUACAAACAGUCAACCGUGGAUUGCUACAUGGAUACGAUUAGUGGAGGCCUGGUAAAAGUCGGCAAGAACCUGACAUUGCUGCAUGCACUGUCGAAUGGCAAGACGGAGGUGGUGGACGGCCUCGUGAGGAUAUACGUGGUACCUUCUCUGCAAGCGCCUCAAUGGCUAGAUGAGGUGAAGAAGAAAAAAGGCAAAUAA